CUAAACUUCCUCCAUCUCUCUUUUUCGCAUCUUCGCAUCUUUUUCUUGCGUCCACCCAUCACUUCUCUCCCUUCUCUCCUCUCAAUCAUAGUCCUCAGUUCUUCAUAACCACCGUCAAGAUGGCCAAAGGAGAGGUGGAUCAAGGGGCCAAGACGAUACUGGGCAUGCCCGGUUUCGUGGUCGACUUUUUGAUGGGUGGUGUUUCUGCCGCUGUCUCAAAAACUGCCGCCGCCCCCAUUGAGCGUGUCAAGCUCUUGAUCCAAAAUCAGGAUGAAAUGAUCAAAGCCGGUCGUCUCGACCGCAAGUACAGUGGUAUCAUCGACUGCUUCAGCCGAACCAUGAAGAGCGAAGGUGUCAUGGCUCUGUGGAGAGGUAACACUGCCAACGUUAUCCGAUACUUCCCUACCCAGGCGCUCAACUUCGCCUUCCGCGAUACCUACAAGUCGAUGUUCGCCUUCAAGAAGGAACGUGAUGGAUACUGGAAGUGGAUGGCCGGUAACUUGGCCUCUGGUGGUGCCGCCGGUGCCACUUCGCUCCUCUUCGUCUACUCCCUCGAUUAUGCUCGUACCCGUCUUGCCAACGAUGCCAAAUCUGCCUCCAAGGGUGGCGGUGAACGUCAAUUCAACGGUCUCGUCGAUGUCUACCGCAAGACCCUGGCUUCCGAUGGUAUUGCCGGUCUCUACCGUGGUUUCGGUCCUUCCGUCUUGGGUAUCAUCGUCUACCGUGGUCUCUACUUCGGCAUGUACGACUCCAUCAAGCCUGUUCUCUUGGUCGGUCCUCUCGAGGGUAACUUCUUGGCCUCUUUCAUGCUCGGCUGGGGUGUCACCACUGGUGCCGGUAUCGCUUCCUACCCUCUUGAUACCAUCCGUCGUCGCAUGAUGAUGACGUCCGGUGAGGCUGUCAAAUACAAGAGCUCCUUCGACGCUGCCCAGAAGAUCAUGGCCGCUGAGGGUAUCCGAUCCUUCUUCAAGGGUGCUGGUGCCAACAUCCUCCGUGGUGUUGCUGGUGCCGGUGUGCUCUCCAUCUACGACCAGGUCCAACUUCUCAUGUUCGGCAAGAAGUUCAAGGGCGGUUCUGGUUAAGCGCCUCGUCACUUUACUGCGACGAACUCAAGAAGCGAUUGUUCCAAUCGCACAAAACGGUGUAACAGGGGAAGCAUGGUGUAAUAGCGCGCCUUCAGUGGGGAGGCUCAAAAGGUGGUGCGAGACUGUACGAUGACAUGGUGAGGUGUUGGCAGGGGCAGCAGGGCGGGCGACCGAGUCGAGAGAGACGAAACACAUCUUGCAAAUAGAGACGACACAAACGGGGAUUGACGAGGGAAAAUGGCCACGUUGAAACUCGUUGGGGGUUUUGUUCACAAUAUGCAAUGGGGUUUCUUGCUUUACAACAUCCUUUCGUUUCCUUUUCACUCCGGUCUGCAAUUGUACUUUACUGCCUCGGCUUGUUUUGCAAAACAUCUCACUUCGCUCCAUCCUGCGGCUUUCCGUCCUCUAAUCCGUCUCUGUAUCCCUGCAGAAGUGUCGAUCAUCUUGCAGGAAUUCCCGUGGUGGGUGCAGGGGUAACCACCAGGGGGUAAACACCAUUGAUCCAUUCAUCACAGGUAGCCCCGUCCAUCUACCCCCCAUCCACUGCCUCGGGACACAUCUAUAACCAGGUACGUAUAGAAGUGGCCC